AUGAAAAAUUUAAAGUUGUAUCGCUGUAAAAUAUUGACAGACAUUUAUGUCCAGAAUAAAGAACUCGAAGAAUAUUUGAAUAUACUAUAUUAUUUAGAUCAUUCAAAUAAAGAUUUUAUAGAGAAUUUAAAAAUUUUUAUUUUUGAUGAGUUUUAUAAUAUUGAAGAUGAUAAUAAAAAUGAAGGAGAAGAAAUAAAUUCAAAUGAUAAUUGUGUAAAUGAUAAGGAGGUUGAAAUAUAUAGUACUACUGAAGAAAAGAAAUUGUUAAAUAAUAAAAUUUUAGAAUAUAAAAAAUCUUUUGAAAAUAAAAUGAUUUAUAAUAAAGUAAAUAAUGAGAUGAGAUAUUAUGAAAUAUUUAUUUUUUAUAAUAAUAAAUUCCAUGACGAUAUAAUUUAUAAUAGUAUAGGUCUAGAAAUAAGCGAAUGUGCAUAUAAUAUGAAUAUCAUGGAGCAUUCAAAGGAAAUAUUAAUAUUAUCAUCACAUGAAGAUUAUAAAAAUUUAAAAGAUAUAAAAUCUGUAGAUAAUGAGAAAUUUACAAAUGAUGAAAAAUUUAUGAAUAAUAUAUAUAUUAUAGAUGAUAAAAAAGCUCAAAAUAAUAUGAAUAUAUAUUAUCCUUAUAAUAACAAAACAGAACAUAAAAAAAUAAAGAAAAUUUUAAUGUCUCUACAAAUAAAUGAUAUAAAUAAUUUUUCUGGUACUUUAUUGAAAUUUCCUCUAAGGAUAAAUGUUGGAAAAAUGCAUAUGUGUGAUAAAAUAAUAAUGGCUACGAUUGAUUGUAUGUUAUUUAUGAAUAAUAUAAAAAAUAUUGAUAUUGAAAUGAAUGAUUCAUCUAUAUAUAAUUUUGAGAAGACAAAAAAGUUUAUAAACAUAUCACCAUCAUUUUAUUCAGAGGAAGAGAAUAUAGAUUUGUAUAAAGAUAUUAGUUAUAUAUCAGUUGAAUAUACACAUGAAGAGUUAUGCACUGAAUAUAUAUUAUAUAAUAAAAAUUUAAAUAAUAACAAUAAUAAAAGUGAUAAUGAUUUUUAUAAAAAUAAUGAAAUAAUAUUUAUCUAUACAACAUCAGAUAUGUAUGAAAUACAAAAGUAUUAUGAUAAGAAAAAAGAAAAUAUAGAAUUUAUUUCUCUUUUUAAUAAUAAUAUAUUUUUUAUAAAAUGCAUGGAUACUCUUCCUAUAUAUAUAAAAAGUUAUGAUAGCAAUAAAAUUGAUAAGAUAAAAAAUAAUUUAUUUUGUUCAAAUGAUAUAUCAGAAUUAAUAUGUAAUGAAUAUAUACUAUUCCUCAUGUUAUUACGUGAGUUGAAUAAAUUUAAUAAUGCAUAUGAUUAUUUUUCUUAUUUUCCUCCAUUAUAUAUAUUAGAACCUUCCAAAUUUGAUAUAAUAUCUUAUUUAUUAUAUGAAAAAUUAUUUGACGAGAAAAAACGAUUAAAAUUAUUUUUUAAUAAGUAUAAUAUGCAGUGGUUAGAUUUUAAUGAGUGUCUAUUUUUAUCAAGUGAGUUAAAAUAUUUAAUUGAUGACAAUACAUUAUAUGAUAUUAUAAAAUAUUCAGAUGUAAAAAAUAUACUUUAUUUUGAUGAUAAAUUGAAACAUGCCUUAUAUUAUUACUUGAAUGAUUUAUGUAAGGAAAAAAAAAAUUAUGAGCGUAUUAUAAAAAUAGUAAGCAACAGCUUGAUAUACAUUGAUGACAUACCUGAUAAUUUGGUGAGUAUAUGUAAAAAUGUUAAUGAAGAAGAAAAAUUAAGAGGUAAUAUUACUAAGAAAGGUACAAGUAAUAAUAGUAAUAAUAAUAGUAAUAAUAAUAAUAAUAAUAAUAAUAAUAAUAAUAAUAUUAUUAUUAAUAAUAGUAGUUAUAAUACUUUCAUCAGCACUAACGACAACAAUGAUAAUUGUGUAAGUGGUAGAUCUCUUAAAAAUGAGAACAGAUUUUUUUUGGAUAUAAUUGUAGAUAAUUUAAAAUAUAUGAAAUAUGAAAAAUGUUUAAAUAUAUUAUGUCAUAUGUUACAAUUAAAUGAUGAAUGUAUUGAUAAUUGUUUAAGGAAUUAUUACUGUAUUCCAAAUGAAAUGAAAAAAUUAAAAAAAAUUGAUGAACUGAUUUAUCCAAUAGAUGAAGUUUAUUACUAUAAAUUCAAUCAAGAGAAGUACUCUAUAAAUAUUGAAGAAAAUAAAAUGAAUGAUAAUUUUAAAUAUGAAAAAAAACAAAUGAUUGAUUAUAUUGAUAAGGAAAAUUUAAUAUCAUUAGAUUUUAUGAAUCUUAUAGGAAAACAAAAAUUAAAUAAAUUAAAAGUUUGGGGUUUAAAAAUUAUUGAAGAAGAUUAUAAAUUUAACGACAAUAUAAAUGAUAUAUUAUAUGAUUUGAAUAAAUUAUAUUUUAGUACAAAUAUAUAUGAAAAUAAAUUGAAAAUAUUAAAUAAAAUUAUAUCAAGAAUUGAAAAAAAUAUACAUUAUUUGAAAGAUUCCUAUAUAUUAGAAAAAUUAAAGGACACAUUUUUUUUACCUGUGUAUAGAAAUAAAACAAUGAAUAUAGAUAGUCAAGUAAAUAAGAAGACAAUAAAAGAUAAUGUAACAAAUAUGAUAGGAUGUGAACAGAGUUUAUGUGAUGAUAAAAUGAUAAUACAAAUAGAUAGUUAUCAUAUAAUAAAUGAUGAUAUAAAAAAUAAUGAUAUAGCAAAUGAUGAUGUAACAAAUGAUGAUAUAACAAAUGGUAAUAUAACAAAUGGUGAUAUAAAAAAAAAUAAUAUAUUAAACAAUGAUACUAAUAAUUAUAAUGGUAAUAAUGAUAUAUAUGAAGAUAGUGAAUAUAAUUACUCCCAUAAUAAUAAUAAUAUAAAAAAUCUUGUACAGAUAUCACCAACAUUUAGUAAUAAAUCUAUAAUAAAUAAUAAUAGUAAUAAUAAUAUAAGAAACUAUUAUAUUGAAUCGUCUUCCUUAUUAAAUAAUAAGAAUAAAAAAAAUGGUUACAAUAAUUUUAUUAAAAUUGCUGAUUCGUAUGAUAAGAAAUAUUAUAACUUAUUAUUUUUAAUAAAAAUAUGUUAUAGCACAGAAAAUAUAAUUAUGUCUUCAGAACUGUGUGAACUUUUAGAUAUAUAUAAAAAACCAUCAAUAAAAGAUAUAUUAUCUCAUAUGAAUUUAUUAACAAGAAAUUUUAAAAAUAAUUAUAUGCAAAAUAUGUUUAAGGUAUAUGAUUGUAUAUACGAAUAUUUUGAAAAUUAUAUUGUAGAAAAUAUAUUGAAUGGAAAUAAUUCAACCAUUUUUAAAAAUAAAAAAGACUCCCCAAAGAAUAAUAUUAAUAGUUAUAAUAAUAAUAAUUAUAAUAAUAAUAAUAGUGAGGGACAUAAUACCAUAAUGUCUAAUUCAUCCAAUGAAAUUUAUAUAGAACAAUUACAUAUAGAGGAGCAUGAAAAACUUAUACACUUUUUACAAAAUAAUAAUUAUUUAUAUAUUAAAAAUAAACUAUGGAACCCCAAAGAUGUAUAUUAUCAUUUAAAAAAUAUAUCGUUUAAUAUUUUUCUUUGUGAUUUACCAAAAUUAUAUAGAAUCAAAUAUCCAAAUAUGUUGAAAUUAAGUGGUAUACAAUCUAAAUUAUUUCAUUCGAAAAUAAUCUCUAUUUUGAAUAAAAUAAAAAAUAAAAUAGAAAUGAAAUAUAAAAAAAUGGUUGAAUGUAAUAAGUUUAAUAAGGAAACUAACAAAUUAUGUAAGAAACAGUUGAAUAAUAGUGAUCGUAAUUCUAUAACACAUAAUCAAUAUGUAAAUGAAAAAAAGGACGAGGCAUUAUUACAGCUAACUGGGCUUUUAAGAAUGUCAUAUAUGAAUACAAUAAAUUUAAUUGAUAUUUCUAUAUGUGAUAAUAUUAAUGGUACAAAAUCUAUGAACAAAGACGAAUUAUAUUAUAAUGAAGAGAAUAAUAUUUCUAGUGGAAAUAAAAAAGGUAAUAUGAGUAUAGAAAAAAGAAAAUUAACAUGUAAAUGUUUUGAUAAUAUAUAUUUACCAAAUAAUAAAUAUAUUUUAAUAAAAAAGCAAGAAUGUGUAUAUAUUAAAAAGGCUAUAUCUCACAAUAAUAAUAAUAAUAAUAGUAAUAAUAGUAAUUAUGUAAGAAAUGAUUAUAAUAUUGUACAUAAAGAUAUAAAGGAAUGUAUUAUACAUUUGUUAGAUAUAACAAAAGCUCAAAAAGAAAAUAAGGAAAAUAAGGAAAAUACAGAAAGUAACCAUAUUAAAGAUAGUAAAGAAAAUAUUAACUAUCAAACAAAUACCAAAUACAAUAUUAAAUAUAAUAAUAAUAAUAAUAAUAAUAGUAAUUAUGUAAGAAAUGAUUAUAAUAUUGUACAUAAAGAUAUAAAGGAAUGUAUUAUACAUUUACUAGAUAUAACAAAAGCUCAAAAAGAAAAUAAGGAAAAUACAGAAAGUAACCAUAUUAAAGAUAGUAAAGAAAAUAUUAACUAUCAACCAAAUACCAAAUACAAUAUUAAAUAUAAUAAUAAUAAUAGUAAUAAUAAUAAUAAAAAAUUUAUUAAUAAUUUAAAUAAUAAAAAAAAUGCUAAAAUUAUUAAGAAUAAAAUUGAGAUUUUUAAAAAGAAUCAAGAAUUAUCUUUUAAAAAAAUCAAUCCAUAUAACUUAAAAUCGCCAAUAGAGAAGAUUAAAAGUGAUGCAUUAAACAAGGUCAACCCAUUGACUUAUAAUAUCAAUAAAAAAAAAAAUAAGGACACAGAUCCUAGUUUAAUAGGUUAUAUUGAGAAAAAAAAACAAACUUCAGAAAUUAAAAAAAAGAAAAUUCCUCUACCAAUAAAAAAAAAUGACAAACUAAAUUUAUCAUCUAUACAGAGUUGUAAAAAUGAUAUUAUAAAAAACAAAAAUAGAAUUAAUCAUUGUAAUGGAAAUAUAAAUAAUGAAGCAUGUUCCAUAUCUGAAAAAAGGAUAAGAAAAAUAAUAUAUUCCAAUCCGAAUAUUAGUAGUGAUAAAAAGAUCGAAAAAAAAAGAAACGAAUUAAACGAAACAAGAUUAUUUAAGGAUAUAAAAAAUUUAAUUUAUUUUUUAGAUGAUAUAGGUUGUUUUGAUAUAAAAUUUAUUUUGGAUAAGAGAAUUUUUAAUAAUACGUAUGAGGAUAUACCAAAAAAGUUUUUAAAAAGAUCAUGUCUACAUUUAUAUAUAAAAUUUAAGAAAGAAAUAUAUACAAAUCUGUUAAUUAAUAAAAAUGAAAUGAAUAAAUAUAUAGAUAUAUAUAACAUUUCAACUAUGAACACAUAUACAUGUGAUGAAAGUGGUAUAUCAGAAUCAUUAAAAUCUUGUAAUGAUUUAAUUUGUUUAUAUCUAUUCAAACAUUUUUCUUAUAUCUUAGAUUAUUUAUUACUAUUAAAUGGAAAUAAUAUAUCAGAAUGGUAUAAGCUCAAGAAAGAAGAAUAUAAAAAUGAUAAUUUAAAGGAAAAUAAUUCUAUAUAUAUUUCAAAGGAAAACGAUAUAAAUCAAGAGGAGGUACAAAUUAAUAGUAACCAUUAUACUUUAAAUGAGGAUAAUCAAACAUAUAAACAAGUAGAUAAAAAAAAUACAUAUCAAAAUAUGGAUAGUAAGAAACAAGAUUGUGAAGAGAAAUAUAUUAUAUAUAAAAGAAAAAAUGUAUCUUUAAAUGAAAACGAUAAAGUAUUGAUGAAAAAUAUUUUACUUUAUGAUCGUUUUGAUAAUAUUGGUAGGGUUAAAAAAUCGACAUUUAAUUUAUCUUAUAUAAAAAAAAAAAAAAAUAAUAUACUUGUUAAGGAAAGAAAUCAAAAUAGAGAAAAAAGAAAGGAAGUAAUAAAAAUGAAAAUAUUGGAUGAUAAUAUUAUAGAAAUGAAUCAAAGUCCAAAUAUAAAAGAAAAUGAAAAAAUGAAUGAAAGUGAGAAUAUGAAUUCAAAUGAUGAAGAAAUAUAUGAUAUUUCCAAUUUAGAAAAAAAAAAAAUAAAUGAAGAAAAAGAAGAAGAAGAAGAAAAUAAUGAUGAAAAAAUCAUAUGCAUACGUAUGUAUAAUAAAAACAAAAUACCUUUAUUAAAAAUCGUAGAAAAAGCAUUUUUGGAAUGUAAAAAAUUUAAUGAGAACUUUCUAAUUUUUUCAAAAAAUAUUAUAAAAAUAGAUUUUAUAAAAAUAUUUGAAAAGGAUGAACGUGCCGAAAUAAUAACCAAUUUAGGAAUAAGUAUGUCUGAAAAUCAUUUUUAUUUAAGACAAAAAUUUUAUAAUUCAAUUAAAAAUUUAUAUCCAAACAAUUUAAAUAACAUAGGAGAUAAGAUAAAUAUCUACAAUGAUAAUAUUAAUAAUAAUAAUAUUAUAAAUAGCAAUAGUAGUAAUAAUAUUAAUGAGAAUUAUAAUAACCAUACUAUAAAUAGUAAAGAACAAAAAUUAGAAAUAUUUUUACAAUGUCAAAUAUAUAAUGGUAAUAAAUCAAGUAGAUGGAUUAUAGGAUUAUUAGAAAAUACUUGUAUUUCUAUAUGUUUUGAACAUUAUCAGAUAUUUAGAAAAUAUUAUUUAUUUCAUAAUUUAAAUAUUAUAUCAAAUAUAGAGAGCUUACCUAUGCAUAUUAAAAUAAACGUUUUAAAUAAUACUUUUUCUAAUUUGAAAAAAACAUUUAGAGAUGAUGAAAAUGUAUCAUGUAUAGUUAAGAAUGUUUCCAUUUUAUAUAUCCAUUUUCUGAAGUUAGCCUAUCGAAAUACCGUAAAAAAGAUAUUAAAACAUGAUACAAGUAAAAUAUUAUAUAAACAUAAAGAUAAAUGGAUAAAAAAGAAAAAAAAAAUCAAUUUAAAUAAAAAUAAUAAUAACAAUGAAUUGAGUACUAUUAGUGAAUGUAUAGAACAUAAAAAUUGUUCUUAUAAUAAUAAUGAAAAUGAUAUACAAAAGAAUAAUUAUAUAUAUAAAGUUGAUAAAUGUGAUAUAAAAGAAUUUAAUGAAAUCUAUCAAAUUAUUAAGAAUAAAUAUCUGAAUUUUACUCCCAAAAAAUAUGAUAAAAAUGAUUUGUUUAAUAAUGUUGUUAAAAAUGUUGUUUUAAAUUGUUAUGAACUUCAAAUAUUACCAUGUCUUCAAAAAAAAGAUACAUUAUAUGCAUUAUAUUGGGAUAAUAUAUAUGAUUGUAUUAAUAUAUAUCCAUUUUGUAAAUAUGUUAAUCAUAUAACAUUCUUUUUAUUAGAUCUUGGACUAAAGGUUCUUUUACCUUAUUAUGAAAUUGAUAAUCUUAUACACAUUCAUAAAUUAGUUAGGUCGUCAUUAAAUGAAACGAUUCAUUUAAAUAAGAAGAAUUUGGAAGAUACUAAAAAUGAAAUGAAUUGUGAUACAAAGAAUGGAUAUACUUUUUCAAAAAAUAUAUAUAAUAAUAAUAAUAAUAGUAUCCCCUUUUGUUCAUCUAUUCAUAUGCUUAAUAAUGAAAAUGUUAUUAGAAAUGUAUCUAAUAUUACUCCAUCCUAUUUAAGAAACAAAAUAAAAAGUCAUAUAUCAAUAUAUGUAUGUUUUGUGAAAGAAUGCUUAAAUGAAAUGAGAGGUUCUUCAGUUAUGUAUUUAUUUGAUUAUCUUUUUUCAGAUAUUAAAAAAAAUGAUUCAAAUGAUACCAUAAAAAAAUAUAUAAAAAGUAUCCCUAUUUUUGCUAUCCUAAGUUGUGAUAUAUUAUAUUUGAAAGGGAAAAUACAAACUUCUCGGUAUGACAAAUUGGGUAGAAUAAAGGAGGACUACCAUAUUGAAAAUAUGUUUGAAGAUAAUGAGAAGAAAUAUGAAGGUAAUAAAAAUAAAUAUAAUAAAACGGCUGAUCAAAAAAUUGAUGAAAUGGAUUAUUAUAAUGGAUAUACUAUAUAUACUAAUAACAACAACAAUAAUAAUAAUAAUAGUAAUAAUAAUAAUAAUAAUAAUAGUAAUAAUAAUAAUAAUAGUAGUAAUAAUAAUAAUAAUAGUAAUAAUAGUAGUAAUAAUAAUAUUGAUAUUAAUAACAUUAAUAUUAAUAACAUUAAUAUUAUUAAUAAUAAUGACAACUUAAUAAAUGUAAAAAGAGAAGUAAAUAUAUCUAGAGGAACAUAUAAUUCUCAUAUAAUCAUUCAUUCUAAUGAUAUAAAAACUUAUAAUGAUGAUAAUAAGAAUUCUUUAAAUAAUUUUUUUGAUCCAAAAAAUAAUAGAGAUAUAUCAUUACUUUGUGAUGAUUUUGUUAAAAUAAAAUUAAAUCAUUUUGAUACAGAAAAUUUUUUAAAUUUUGAUAAUAUUCAUUUAAUUAAGUAUGAUGAAGAUCAAAAAAUAUAUUGUUCUAAAUAUUUCUAUAUGUUUGAUUUAAAUAAAGUUAUGUUUAUAAAUACACAUUUAUACUCAUCUGGUAUACUUUCCUUAUUAAUAGAAACAGAAUGUAUAUUAAAAUUGACCUUUAAAAAUUUAAUAGAUAUUUUAGAAUAUAAUCUUUACCCAAAUAUAUUUCAUUUUUGUUCAACAUAUAAAAUGAAAAAUAGGGAAAAUAUGAAUAAAAUGAAUGAUAUUAUUAAAAGGACAAAUGAUACAUUUUUAAAUAAUUAUGAUUAUAGUAACAUAACAAAGGAUGUAGUGGUAAAACAUAUGGAUACGUUAAAUAUAAAUAAUUCAUGUGAUUACAAUAACAAAAUAGAACAAGGAAUAGAAUAUUUUAAAAUAUAUUCUAUAUAUGAUAAUUAUAUGAAAAUACCAUAUGAUCUAAAUAUUAUUAUUUAUAAUAGACUCUUAUUAGAUAUGGUAAAUGAUAUAUAUAAAGAAUACAGUGAUAUGAAUUUUUUAGAAAAUUUGAAAGAUUUUCGUUUAUUAAUAACAUAUGAUACUCUUAAUAACAAUAGGAACACAACAUAUAUGUAUAUACAUAAUAUAAAUGAUAUAAAAGAUAUCAUAAAUAUAAAUUUCAUUGAUCCAAAUGUUGAACAAGUGCUAUAUUCAAUAGGCUAUAGGAAAAUACAUAAUAGUUUAUCAAAUGAUAGUAUUUUUAACCAAUAUUUAUUAAAUGAUUAUGAAGAUAUAUUAUUAUCCUUAUAUAGAAAUAUGUCAUGUAUUAAUUGGUCAGAUUUAAACAAUACUCAAAUACAUACACUUCUUUCUGCUUUCUUAUCUAAUAUUAAAUUUAAUAGUAAUAAUAUCUCAUAUUUGAAACCCUUACCAAUAUUUUAUUCAUUAAUUGAUUCUCAAUUUGUAAAUAUUAUUAGUAAGAAUAAAAAAUAUAUUGUUAUCGGAACAAAUUAUGAAAAUCUAUUGUUGAGUAUUAUAAAUGAAAUAUUUCAGAAGGAAAACAACUAUAAUGAGGAUAUUAUGUUAUCUCAAGGUGAUAAUAUAACUGAACGUAUUAAAGAAAAUUAUAUAAAUAAAUAUUACAUAAAUAAUAGUACAUCAACUGAUAAAAGUGUACAAGAUAGUAAUAAGAUACCUACUGUUUUAGAUAAUAUGAUUAUCGGAAAUCAGAACAUAGAUGAAAUUAAUACAACAGGUAAUAAUAUGAACGAUGAUAAUUUUAAUUAUAAUAUUAUCUUAUCAAGUAUUCCAAAAAAUGAAAAAACAAAUUCAUAUAUCUUGAACUCUAAUGAAGAAAUAAAUUCAACCUUAAUAGAUAAUUCAUAUAAUAUAAUAAGUAAUAUUAUGAAUAGUAACUCUAAUAAUGAUAAUAUAUAUAAUAUCAUAACGUCAAAUACAGUUGAAAAUAAACUGAACCUUAAAUAUAUCUUUCUCCAUCAUUCAAAUAUUAAUAUGGAUUAUUGGAAAUAUAUAAAUAUAAAAUACUGGUAUGAUUAUGAUAUUAUUUUGUAUUUCUUUUUAAAUAUUUUAAAAAAUUGUAACAGUGUUCACCUAUUUGAGAAUAUCCUACUUUUUAUAUAUAAGGAAUAUGAACGAGUAUAUAAAAAAAGGUUUGUUGAAAAUAAUACGAGUAGUAACCAAUUAAAUAAUAUGAAUGAUACAAAUAAUAUAAAGAAUACCAUUCAUUCAGAUAUAUCUUAUAGAGAUUUUUUAAUAAACAUUAUUUCUGAAUUAAAAGAAAUUCCUUUAAAAUUUAAAGCUAAUUUAAAAUGUUCUCAACUUUACAAUCUUAAUAAUGAUGUGUAUAGAGAAUUUAUUUAUAUAAACAAAUUAUAUAAUUUUUCAAAGUUACAAAAUUUUCCCUAUGAACAGAAAUUUUUAGAAAGCCUAAAUUUUCAUUACAUCCCUAACAUUAUGGAAAUAAAUAAUUUCCUCUUAAUUUUAAUUAAUAUGUUAAAACAAAAAGGUAAUAAUGUAAUAGAUAAAUCAGCUAUGGAAAUGAUUUUCAACAACAUAAAUCUUGAUUUUAGUAGAUAUGAUACAAAUUAUGAGGAAGAACAUUUAAAUAAAAAGAUAUCUGUACUUUUAAAAUAUAUUAACGAAAACUUGAAACACCUACUGUCACAAAAGGAUGAAAAUUUUACAUAUUUAGUAAAUUCUCUUAUAGGAUUAUUAAUGCAUGAUCAAAAGUUUGCAGAAAAAAUUAAAACUUACGAUAUUUUAUUUAUGUAUUAUACACAAAAGGAUAAAGAAAUAGCAGAUAUUAUGAAUAACACAAUUAAAAGUAAAGAAAUAAAUGAAACUACGAAUGAAGGUGACAAGAAUUUUAUAAAUAUCAAAAGUGAAUAA